AUGGACAGCGGCUUCUCGCGUGAAGUUGAACAAGCUAAGCUCCUUAUCGAGCGAGAGACACAUCUCAUAGUAUUUUCGAAGGAGAGGUUCGAAGACGACCUCUCCAAUGCAUUGGCGAACGCUUGGACGACUCGCUCAUCGGAACGAUACUUGUACACCGUCUACAGCCACAUUCUGUCCCAUCUCUGCGAGACCAUCCAGCCUCUCGAUUACCCCAAAUGCACCAUCUCGUAUACCCCUCAGGCAUUCUUCGGUAUAACCCGUGCCCCGGCCGGUGCCAAAGGCGACAAGCUGGAUAAGAAAGGCUUUGUCAAGGCACAGGUCCCAGACUUCGUCCGUAUGAUGAUGACAUUUUCCCACGACGGCGACGAUAUCGACGUCGUUCGCAAGCUCGUUGACUUAUGGGAGAUAAAGGGCCUGAAUACGCGUCAGGUCUGGGACCACCCGAAGGCUGCGCUUACCGCUUGGGCUUCAAUGCUGGAAUGCGUUGAGCAAGUUUACGACCAAGCCAUGGCUGCCUUCGAAUACCACGAGACGUGGCAGCAUGUGUACGCUCUCCUCAUUAUAGGCCCCUACUUCUCGCAACUCGUGUGGUCUCGACCUGAAACCAUCAAGAAGCCCACUGCAGCCGAGACGUGGGCCUACAUCGAGAAUGAAGAAGUCCUGCAUGCUGCGAGAAAGCAUUACAGGAAGCGUAUCCGCGAGUACAAGAAACGCGCUUUGCCCGAAGUCAUCUAUCUAAAUGUCCCGGUGUUCACCCUUCAUCCGGUGGUCGAAGGACGAAGCAGACCCGUCUCUCUUUCCUCGCAGUUCCUCUAUGCCGCCAGGCUUCCGCUGCAGGAGCAAUUCGCCGAAUGCAAGAUCCAAACCAGCUGGUUUGAUCCGCCUGCGAACAAGCCUGAAGCCCCGCUACUGAACCCGAAACACUUGCUAUCCCCUGACCGCGACAUUGAAGACGCACUUAUCACGAGGCACGUUGAAUCUCUCCAGGAGGCAAUGGAUGGGCUAGAGGUGAAUCGCUCUAGCCCUUCGAAUGCCAACGAUUCCCCAGAAUAUCAGCCCACCAACCGCCCGAAGCGCCAAGCUGCAGCGCUUCCUGCUGACCCUCAUUCGCCUUCGGCUCACAGGCCGAAGCGGCACAAGCCGGUUCAUGCACUCGUUGCAGAAGCGGUUCCCGGAGUCGAUGGCGAGGACGACGAGGACGGUGAGGACGACGAAGAAGGUGAGGAUGAUGAGGACGGUGAGGACGACGAGGACGAAGAGAAUGAAGAGGAUGACGAGGUCGACGAGAAUGCUCGCGUCGAGAGCAUGCUGGGAGCGGUACACUUGGAUACUGAGGACGGUGGCGACGCCCUGACAGACGACGAGGUAGUUGCAGAAGACGACGUUGGAUAUAGUACAGAUGACGUCUUCAUGGCUGACUGA